AUGGCUGGUGCUACUAUCUUUAUUAUCCUGGCGGCGCUCAUUCUGUACGGCGUGGCCAUGCCACUUUCCUUUGACACACACAGGAAUCAUGGACUGCGACUCCGGAUCCUACACGACGGGUUCGCCAUGGAACCCAGUGUACCGGUUGAUUUCCCAGAUCCGUCCUUGAUCAGGCACGAAAACGGCACUUGGUUUGCCUUUGCCACCAACUCGGGCGGUCGAAAUAUUCAAGUGGCCAGAUCACGCACCAGAAAUAUCCUCGGAAAAUGGGAGCGUCUGGACAUUGACGCAAUGCCCGAAAAGACGUGGACAAGUGGACGCAACACCUGGGCACCAGACGUCAAGCGCCUCUACGAUGGCUCGUACGUUAUGUACUUUGCUGGCGAGAUGCCCGACUCGCACCAGCACUGCGUCGGCGUGGCACGCUCAGACAAGCUCGAGGGUCCUUAUGAAGCCGACCCGGAGCCGUGGGUAUGCCCAAGGGAGGAAGGCGGCGCCAUUGACGCCGCUGGCUUCCGCGAUCCUACCACGGGCAGGCAGUACGUCGUCUACAAGAUAGACGGUAACUCCAAGGGUGACUUCUCGCAAUGCGGCACCGGCACCGGCGAUCCGAACCUCAAGACGCCGCUUUUACUGCAAGAAGUGUCCCCCUACGAUGGAAGCACCAAGAUUGGCGCAGCGACCAUUCUGCUAGAUCGCAUUCCGGCGCUGGACGGCGCGCUCAUCGAAGCGCCCGAGCUGACGAUCCGUCCUGAUGGGACGUACGUGCUCUUCUACAGCAGUCACUGCUUCACGGACCCCAAGUACGACAUUAAGUACGCCUAUAGUAGGAACGUGAAAGGGCCAUAUCGUCGUGCCAGCAAGUCCCUGCUCCAGACGCCGCACUUUGGGUUGAAAGCCCCUGGAGGCGCGUCGACCGGCGGCGAGAUGGAUUGGUUGGCUUUUCAUGCGAAUUGCAAGGACAAUGGGCGCUGUAUGUAUAUAACUGGGUAUGGCGAGUAA